GGUGCUCGCCAACAGUAGUAUGGAAUGCACCACGGUGCAAGACCCAGUUGAAGCCUACGGGAUUAAACACAAGCUCAAGCAAAAGUUUGGCAAGGCAAAGAAACAAGCGGGUAAAGUUCAGGCGUUGAAGAAGAUUCUUGCCGAUAUCAAGGAGAUUGCAAAAACCAGCAGUGAGCAGUUUCUUAUAAAGAGAGAUUUAGUGGAUGAUUUAUUAUAUAGAGUAUUUGUUGCAUUGAAAAACAGUGGAUUUGUCAACUCAAUUGUUAAAUUCUCUCUUACCGAUGAUGCUACAAGACACGGAGUCGUCGAGUUGACUGCCGACUUAUUGGAACGAGAAGUCAUACCCUGGGAAGAGAUUUUCGAAGCUUUGAAAACCAGCGGAUUAGCAGUUGACGUUAUCAAACAUGCAGUCACCGAUCCCGAUACCAGACAAGGAGUUAUUGAUUUAAUUAUCGAAUUAAUCCCUCAAUUGAUUGAUAGUGGAGUGCUUGACUUGAGUGAGAUUUGCAAACCAAUCCAUCCAAUUGGCCAAAUUCCACCUGGCAAGACUCCCAUGAAACCCCCCAUGAGGUUUUUGCGUCCCACAAACACGACAAAGACCCAAUAAACCAAAGUGGCUCCGCUAACAAAAGCUGUUUGCGCACUAGCGAGCUUUCAAAUGAGACUACAUUCACUGUGCUAGCCCAAUAAUUCAAAAUUACAUUUUAUGAACUCCAUAUGGUUUUUAGUAAAUUAUAGUAGUUUAAAAAACCCGCACGACAUCAACAAAAAAAAUAAAUUCC